AUGGAAUCCGAGUCGUCCUCUCUAUCUCAAUGUUUUCAAUAUCGUGAAUCGAAAUUGAAAGAUGAACCACUACGAUGUUCGUCACCCGAAAAAUGUGCCGUAUGCCUAAAUUUUAAACGUGCAAAUGAAACAUCAUCCAUCGAUUCGUGUUCACAUACAUUCUGUUAUUCGUGUAUUUGGGAGUGGUCAAAAGUUCGAGCAAUUUGCCCAUUAUGUAAACAGCCAUUUACAUCAAUACAACGUCCGAGAGACGGAUAUUCGGGAGAAAUAUUCGAAACAGUCUCAAUUCAACCACCGCCACAAUCACAGUCAUUGCAGGAUGUUCUCGAUUGGGUCAGCAGACACGGCUCAAGAAUAAACACAACUCAAAAUUCAUCCGAACAAGAAAUAUUUCGACAAAUGGUCUACAUGGAAUGGUUACACACCCUACAAUCGAUCGUUCAAACACCUCGAACAAAGUAUGUUUUAUUAGAAUUUCUAGCGCUGGAUAAAGUGUCAAUGAGCCUGGUUUAUUUUAGUUUUACUUCCACAGCAUCCGCUCUUCCAAGUCGUGCAACUACUGGCACAACUAUAGAGCAAAGUUCAUCUUCGGCUUCGUCUAUGCUAUCACCAUUAGUUCGUGGUAAUCAAAACUGGUCGUCAGUCAUCUCAUUAGACACCAUUCAUCACUAUCUUCAACGCUAUUUAAGACAGACAACAUCGGAUUUACGUCAAUCAACAAUACACUCUGCCUCUACUCGACAGACAGUAGCUUUUCGUAAAUACAUAUAUUUAAAUUCACUAUACGUACAAUUACCGGCAACAAAUAAUCAAACGCGUCAAUGUUCACCACAAUGGUACCGAGAAAAUCCGGCAUGUUUACAUCGUCUAGUACCAUUUUUAGCUCGUGAACUAUUGGCUCUUUUAUGGAAUGAUGAACGUACCAUCGAGCAGGUUAUUCGUCAGAUACUUCAAACGAUUCAACACAAUGAAAUUAAAUCUCGUCGUGUCAAACGUCAAUUAUUUCAAUAUCUUGGUCGACAUACAAAACAUUUUCUUCAUGAGUUUUAUUCAUUUAGUCAAUGUCCAUAUGAUGUGUUGGGUUUUGAUCGGCAUGCCAUCUAUGAGAGAAGAUUAAACAGACAAGAACAAAUAGGACAGUCAUCGCCUGUCAUUGAUGUUGUCGAUAGUGAAAAUGAAGACGAACAGCAACAGCAGAAUGAUGCUCCGGUCGAUUUAAAUCAAAUACCGUUGGUAACAACAGAUAACGAUAUUACAGAAAUUUCUACACACAAUUCAUCGUUAUCGCAAACAACAACAUCGAGAGCUCGUUCUCGUUCAAGAUCGCGUUCUUCGACACACUCAAGUCAAACCCACGAACAAUCAAUGUCGACUAAUAGUCGCGAAUCGUAUUCAUCUGUUCCUCAAUAUCUUCCAUCGACAGUUGUACGAGUAUUAUCCAAUGAUCAACAAGAACGAGGACGAUUGAGCAGUUUAAUUACAAUACCAGAACGUCGUUGUUCAGCAGUAUUGACAGAUAUAGAGGAUGACUCAUAUACACGUCGAAAAACACCGAAAGAAAAUUAG